UUGUAUUCACCUCUUCUCCCCAGGAUGCAGUGGUGGGCAGCCAUGGGAGCUUUUCACUCUCUAGUCUGAAAAGCUCCGCUCCGAAACGUCUGUCUGGAUGGGGAAGGGAGGGCUGCAGGCACCGUCCUCUGCAGCAGCUUGCUGCGGUGGUUCACCUGCUGCUCUUCUGGGCUGGGCUCUGGCCUGAGCACACUGGUGGCCUGAGCCUGCUUAGCUGUAAAGUGCCACCGAGAUGAGGCAGACCCUAUUGAAAAUGAGGCUGAAGCAAACCACAGUGGCCUUGAUUUCCCACUGUCUUUUAUUCAUCUGUUUCAGCACCCUGAAGUUCUAUUUUUAUCAGAUUAUUUUAGUUUUUAGCAUCCAACUGAGAAGGCAAACAAAACAGCUCAGUUGCAUUUUGCAGAGGAGACUAAACUGGGAGGUGACCCAAUUCCAACAAGAGCUGGAAUUAGCACGUAGAAGACAUGGGGAGAGAAUUAACCCAGGGACUAGGUAGGCGUGUAUCUGUGGUAAUGGGAGCUCUCUUAUCCCCAUGGCCUGUAGGUGAAGUGCAGAUGAUUUUGGCACUGUCUGGUUGCAAGAGCGAGGUGAUGAUCUCUAUAAAAUCAGGAGGGGAGAGAAGGUAACGGCAUCCUUGGCAGCAUUUGCCUCCUGGCCUUCACUGCACGGGACCGAAGGGGUCCCCUGGGUUUCAUGCACACUCGUAGAAAGGUGAACUAAGCCCUUCCUCUUGAGGUGCCUCCCCAAACCUCUCUGCCUGCACUUCUCACCCAUCCCUUCAGUGUUUACUGCUAGGGCCAGAAAGAGGAACCAAAAUCUCAAGCAAAAGCAGCGGUUAAGCUGUGCUUCCUCUGCUCGGGCAGGGACAGGUGGUGCCUGGCUGAGUUGCUGCCCUCGUGUAUUUGAGUGUCGUGUUAGCAGUGCAAAGCGGAGCUUCUUGCUUUCAGAGCCUUCCCUCGGCUGGCUCUGGUGCUGUCUGGCUCAGCUCCCCGUUCUGCCGUCAGCUACUCUGGAGGGUUGACAGCCCUGGCUGAUCCGUGGGGCAGGGCGGCCUGGAAGGUCCCCGCGCUGCGCCCCAGGUUGCUUGUACAGUGCGUCCGUGUGCGUUCCUGGUCAGCAUCUGCUGUUAUAACCUCCCUCUCACAGCCAUCCUGCGCACUCCGGCAGGUCUGCUGGAGGGGUGGGUGAGCUGGGUUCCCUCCUCCUCCUCUGCUGACCCCACGAGCCCUCUGCGGAGUAUCUGCGAGGGCGUCUCGAGGUAGGUGUGUGUCCUGGUUGCGCUAUGGCACGGCAGGGGAUAGCCCAGCUGGACUCUGGCUGCAUCUGUCCGAUACAAACCUAUCGUGUGUGUCAACUCCAGGUGUUAAAACUAUAAAUUUGUCCGACUUUAUAGAAGUUACAGCUUGAGGUUUUUGAUUAAAACCUGUUUUUAGGCUAGAAACACAAUACUAAAGCAAUUGUGUUGGUGGUGGCUGUCAAGGGAAAUAUAUUCAGUGUCUGAAUGUGUCCGUAUCAGCUCAUGAUAAAUGUGGCAUUGAACCUGCUGUUCUUAAACUAGCAAGGACAGAUUAUCCCUGUUUCAGAAAGGAGGCCUUUUAAUGUAGCGAUUCAAAGAUUACCAUGGAAACAUAAUCUAUAGUUAGUUCUGUAAUAUGCUUAUGCGAUACUCCUGGGAGAAGAGCCUGAAGUCUCCUGAUAAUUGCAUCCUAUGUGGCAGUGCCCUCAGCUUUUGCUUUUUUUUUUUUGAGCUUUGAAUUGAAGAUUACUGCGAAGGUGUAACAGAAAGGAGGCGUUGAGUGCCUGGGACUGCCGCUGCUGCUGUAAUGUCAGCAGCGUCCAAGUGUCUCCUUCACAGCUCUUAAAUUCUUAGCCAUAAAAACACGCACUUGAAAGUGGUUCUCUUCAGCCGUACGUGAUGCCUCUGUCAUUUUUUGGGGGGGGCAUCUGAUGUGUAGCAUAAGGACCCUUAUGGGAAAGUACACCGAAUUUGCUGUUAUUGUUACGCUAAAGGAUAGGUUUCAUUUCGCGUGGUAUUAGGAGGUUAGAUAUCUGCUGGGACCUGGGUGGAUAUAAUUACACUUGCUAAUUUCCCUCUUCAGCUUUUCUGCACUUCAGGUAUUGAGAAGAACAUAUCUCUCUCUGUCUGGUAGCUAAUGUCGAGAUAAACCCUUUGACUGACGUGUACCUUACAACUGAAUUUAGAACUGAACAGACAGAAGGAUGGCUGUAACUCUAGAAUGAACCACUAGCGAUGUUUGCACAAUGGAUAUAACUUAAGCGGGUUUCUGGUAUGCACUUAAAGCCAUAUCUCAAGUUACAGAAGAAAGAGCGAUCUCCAGAAAUAAGCCAGGAUUCCCUGAGAGGCCCACCUAUGAGCCAUCAGAGAUCAGCACAAGAAGAAAAAUACACCAACUGCACCAAACUGAGUGUUUUCCCAAAACCCUCCCUUGUGACUCCAACUCGAAAGCUUCUGGGGAUUAUUUAUCCAAAUACUAUGUGCAAUAUGAAUGGGAAAGGUCCAGCAGAUGGUCCGAGUGCAAGGGAAAAGAAGAACGCCCUGUCUGCAACGAUCCACCAGGGAGAAGAAGGGGAAGGGCCUCUGGAUGUCUGGGCUGUAGUGAAACCUGGCAAUACGAAGGAGAAGAUCGCGUUCUUUGCGGCCCAGCAAUGCAGCAGCAACACCCGGCUAGCCUCUAUGAAAAUUAAAAGCACGUGGGAUAUUGACGGAAGAACAGCUAAACGCAGGAAAAAAUCAGUAGAUCUUAAAAAAGCCAAAAUUCAACUGGAAAGAAUGAGGGAGGCGAAUGCCAGGUGCUCCCAGCCGGAGCCUUUUGCCUGUGGCAUCGAGCACUGUUCGGUGCAUUACGUGAACGACAAUGGUGAGGGUGUGUUCCCGGGCCGGUCCCUCUCGGUGAUAGAGAUGGUAGCUUUUCUGGAGCAACGAGCAAGCGCUUUACUGGUAGACUGUGCUAAAACCUGCAUGCCUGCUUCUACUACGAGGCUUAGUGCUCAGCCUAAAGGUGCGCUUCCCAGCUCGGACCCUUUCUCCGCUGCCGGGGCGUGCGAGGUACAUGCGGAGAGGGGACCUUGCGGCAGCAGCGAGCAGCAGCAGAGCGAGCCCGUGCGUGUGCUGGACAUGGUGGCCAAGCUGGAGUCAGAGUGCCUGAGGCGCCAGAGCGAGCGGGAGGCCGGGAGCCUCUCGCGGAACAACAGCUUCCGCAGAAACGUCGGGAGGGUGCUCCUGGCGAACGGCACCCAGCCCGAGGGAGAGGCAGGGAAGGUCUCCUCGGGGGUCCUGGCUCCAGGGGAUGGCUUGGAGGAGGCAGGAGUAGCAGAGGCCGGGUACGGAGGACAGUGCGGUCCUCUGGGUGACACGGAGCUGUGGGAUGGCGCUGCCGCUGCUCGGCAGCCUUUUCUUUCUGGGCUGGAUACUCGGAUGGGGAAUGUGAAUUCGGGACUUGCUCAUGCAGUGUUGGCAAUAACCGCUGGCAGGAGCGAUUCUGACACGCGAAUUGAGCCUCCCAGACCUCUGCCAUCUGCGUGUCCAGCUGCUGCCAGGUUGCCACCAGAUUCCUUGCAGAGCAAGAAUGCGACUGUUGAUUGUACGUCAAAAGAGCCUGUAAUUUUCCCAAAGCAGAGUCUGCACCCUGCUAGGAAGGAGCCCUUAUGCAUCAGUAUAUCGGUCACCAAGACUGAGAAAGGAUGCAGGAAAGAGAAGGUCUCUAACUCCAGUUCUAGUGAAGAUCCGCUCCCUGGGAGGCUGUUUUUUCUCCAGGCUGACCAGCCCGCUAUUCACGAGCAACAGCCGCUACGGGGAAGUACCCAAGAAAAGCCAGGAGAAAUAGCCCAAAAUGAGGAUGCUUUGGCAUCUGACAGGUCGUGCGUCAGAAACAGCGUCCCUACAGAGCCAUCUGCCCCUUCUGUUCCUCUGACGGAAGGGGCUUUGCAAGUACUUGAUGCUUCCUGCUUAAAAAGGCAGGUUUCACAUGACUUUCUGGAGACCAGGUUUAAAAUUCAGCAGCUUUUGGAGCCUCAGCAGUAUAUGGCCUUCCUGCCUCACCACAUCAUAGUGAAGAUUUUUGGAUUGCUUCCUACUAGGAGUCUGGUUGCCCUAAAAUGCACUUGCUACUACUUCAAAUUCAUCAUUGAAUACUACAACAUCAGGCCAGCAGACUCCCGCUGGGUCCGCGAUCCUCGCUACAGAGAAGACCCUUGCAAGCAGUGCAAGAAGAAGUACGUGAAAGGGGACGUAUCGCUGUGCCGGUGGCAUCCCAAACCAUACUGUCAAGCUUUACCCUACGGGCCCGGGUACUGGAUGUGCUGUCACCGGUCUCAGAAGGGCAUCCCGGGCUGUAAGUUAGGUCUCCAUGACAAUCACUGGGUUCCUGCCUGCCACAGCUUUAACCGUGCUAUUCAUAAGAAAAACAGAGGAGCGGGAGCCGAAGCGGAAGAGGAGUAUUAGUGCACAUACACUUUCCUGCGAGAUUGUUUGGGGUAGGAGGAGAUUCUCAUGCCUUGUGCUGUUUACAGUGUAUAUAAUUGUCGUGUUUUUUUUUCACAGGGCUAUGAAACUGCACAUACUUAAACACAAGAGCCUUUACCUUUUAGAUUAAAGAUAGCUUUUAGUCCAUCUAUGUAAAUAACACUAUAAAAACUAAUUGUACAUACAGAGUCUACAGCUGGCUGAACAACGUAAUCACUACAAUGCAGCUAUGAUAGUGUUGCGGCUAUAGUUGUGUGUGUUUUUAAGUGUCUUGUUUCAAAAAAUCUGUAUAUCCUGUAUAAUAUAUGAAUGUUUCUGAGAAGAAACUCUAAAUAGGUAAAGGUCAACUUGUUGAAAGAAUCUUCAGACAACUUAACUGGACAACCUUAAAAUUAGACUAGAACAGAUCCAUUAUAGUAGUGCGGCAGUGGAGAAAAAAAAAAAAAAAAAGAGAGGAAUAUUAUUGUAUAGCCAAAAUAUAAAAAGUUCUUGUCUACCUUACCCUUGUUGUCUGGUUGUUUUUUUUUGUUGGUUUGUGUUGGCUUUUUUUUUUUUUUUACUUAAAUAAAUCAUGCAUUCUGGA